UUGUUUGGGGUGGGAGGAUGAGGACUGGGGGGGUAAGCUUGAGUUGUCCCUUGGUCAGAAAGCCAGCCCCACUGACCAGAGCGAGCCUUGGUCGGGAGCCCUCCGUAGCCCAAGAGAUCGAAGCCUGUCGUUCUGAAUAGUCGCAAGCGGAGCCGAGGUGCCGGGGUGAAGAGUAAGAAAAUUGAAGUAAAGACCAUGGGAGAUGCCGCAAAACCUUAUUUUGUGAGGCGUACUAAAGAGCGAGGGACUACAGAUGAUGAGGAUUUCAGAAGGGGUCACCCCCAACAAGAUUAUUUAAUAAUGGAUGAUUAUGCUAAAGGCCAUAGCAGUAAAAUGGAAAAAGGCCUUCAAAAAAAAAAAGGAACACCAGGGAACUAUGGGAAUACCCCCAGAAAAGGACCAUAUGCUGUUUCUAGCAAUCCAUAUGCAUUUAAGAACCCAAUUUACAGUCAACCCUCUUGGAUAAAUGACAACCACAAAGAUCAGAGUAAAAGAUGGCUAUCUGAUGAACUUGCUGGUAAGAGAGAAUUGGAGAGAAUUGGAGUUGGAGAGAAUUGGAGAGAAUUCAAACCUGGACCUAGAAUUCCUGUUACAAACCGACCAAGAAAAGACUCUUUUCAAGAAAGUGAAGAUGGGUAUAGGUGGCAAGAUGGAAGAGGGUGCAGAACUGUAAGACGACUAUUUCAUAAAGACCUGACAAGCCUCGAAACUAUGUCAGAAAUGGAAGCAGGAAGCCCUGAAAACAAGAAGCAGAGGUCCAGACCUAGGAAGCCACGGAGGACUAGAAAUGAGGAAAAUGAACAGGAUGGAGACUUGGAAGGCCCUGUGAUUGAUGAGUCUUUGCUUUCAGCUAAGGAGCUACUGGGCUUACAGCAGGCUGAGGAGCGAUUGAAAAGAGACUGCAUCGACAGGCUGAGAAGGCGACCGAGAAACUACCCUACAGCAAAGUACACCUGCAGACUUUGUGAUGUUUUAAUUGAAUCCAUUGCAUUUGCUCAUAAGCAUAUCAAAGAAAAGAGGCACAAGAAAAACAUUAAGGAGAAGCAGGAGGAAGAGUUGCUCACCACAUUACCCCCGCCUACACCCUCCCAGAUAAAUGCGAUUGGUAUUGCCAUUGACAGAGUGGUACAGGAGUUUGGCUUACACAAUGAGAACUUGGAACAGAGACUAGAAAUUAAACGUAUCAUGGAAAAUGUGUUCCAACACAAGUUACCAGAUUGUUCUCUGAGAUUAUAUGGGUCAUCCUGUAGCAGAUUGGGUUUCAAAAAUUCAGAUAUAAACAUUGACAUUCAAUUUCCAGCCAUUAUGUCUCAGCCAGAUGUUCUCUUACUUGUCCAAGAAUGUUUAAAGAACAGUGACUCUUUUAUUGAUGUUGACGCAGAUUUCCACGCUAGGGUGCCAGUGGUGGUGUGCAGAGAAAAGCAAAGUGGUCUUCUUUGUAAAGUGAGUGCAGGAAAUGAAAAUGCUUGUCUGACAACAAAUCAUUUAACUGCCCUUGGAAAACUAGAAUCAAAGCUGGUUCCUUUGGUGAUUGCAUUUAGGUACUGGGCAAAGCUUUGCAGUAUAGAUCGCCCUGAAGAAGGAGGUUUGCCACCUUAUGUGUUUGCCCUGAUGGCCAUUUUCUUUCUUCAACAGAGGAAAGAACCCCUUCUGCCUGUUUAUCUAGGAUCAUGGAUUGAAGGCUUCUCAUUAAAUAAACUAGGGAAUUUCAACCUUAAAGAAAUUCAGAAAGACUCUGUUGUCUGGGAGUACACUGAUAAUGCUGCAGGGGACGCAGACUCAGCAAAAGAAGAGGCACCAAAAGGAAUGCCCGUUAAAAGGGGACAGGUAUCAUUAAUAUUUGAUUUAAAACACCAGCCUUCAGUACCAGUUGGGCAGCUCUGGGUGGAAUUGCUUCGAUUCUAUGCUUUAGAAUUUAAUUUGGCUGAUUUAGUGAUAAGUAUCCGUGUCAAAGAUUCGGUAUCUCGUGAAUCAAAGGAUUGGCCCAAAAAGCGCAUUGCCAUUGAAGAUCCCUACUCUGUUAAAAGAAAUGUGGCAAGGACCCUAAAUAAUCAACCUGUGUUUGAAUAUAUACUUCAUUGUUUAAGGACAACGUAUAAAUAUUUUGCUCUUCCACACAAAAUUACAAAAUCCAGCCUUCCAAAGCCUCUGAGUACUGAUACCUGUACUUCCAAACAUUCUAAAGAAGUAGCAAAACGUGAUCCAGACGUACAAGUGAGAGGUGUUAAACUCAAAACCUCAGUUUUGGCUCAAGGUCCUGGUGCUGCCAGUUUAACUGCAAGCACCUGCAAGGUACAGUCACUUACUCUUAAAGAGACUGCUGAAAGCUUUGAAAGCCCAUCAACAGAGGAAAUGGGAAACACACACAUCAGUGUCCACCUGGAAAACUCAGACUAUAUCAAGGCAGAGGUCACUUGUGAUGGCUCUGAGGAUGUUAAAGUACAUCAUCCAGAAACAGGAAGUAAAGAUGAGAAAGAAAAAUGUGGAAUGGAGGGCAAGCAUCCUUUGACUGCUGAUGAUCAAGCUUUAAGUAGUAGCAAAUGUGGAGAGCUUGUCAUCUGUGGCAGCCCAGGAAAUAACGAGACUGAUGGCACUUUGGAUUUAAAAGGCUUCGAAAAUCCUACAGAUAAAGAGUGUGACGAAUUUGCUACUUUAGAUGACAAGGCUGAUGUUGAUGAAGAAAGCAUUGAAGGUACAGAUGAACUUGGAGAUGCUCUAAGCCACUUUACCCCUUCUUUACCCCAGACAUCAGGAAUCAUUCACUCGGAUGAAGAAGAGGAGGAGGAAGAGGAGGAGGAGGAAGAACCCAGGCUCUCCAUUUCCCAAAGGGAAGAUGAGGAUGACGUUGCUAAUGAAGAUGAGUUAGACAACACCUACACUGGAUCAGGGGAUGAGGAUGCCCUCUCUGAAGAGGAUGAGGAAUUAGGUGGAUCUGCUAAGGAUGAAGACUUGAAAAAAUGUGGAAAACACCAGGUGGAUGGAAAUCUUCUAAUGGAACUUAAUAAAAUCAGUCUUAAAGGAGAAAAUGUAUGUGAGGAAAAUUCAACUGCGCAUCAGUCUGAUUUCUUCUAUGAAUUUAGUAAACUCACCUUCACCAAAGGCAAGUCUCCUACAGUAGUAUGCAGUUUAUGCAAACGAGAGGGUCAUCUAAAGAAGGACUGUCCCGAAGACUUCAAAAAAAUCCAGCUGGAACCUUUGCCACCAUUAACACCCAAAUUUUCAAAUAUCUUAGAUCAAGUUUGCAUUCAGUGUUAUAAGGAUUUUUCUCCAACUAUUUUAGAAGAUCAGGCACGUGAACAUAUUCGGCAAAACCUAGAAAGUUUCAUAAGACAAGAGUUUCCAGGAACUAAACUGAGCUUGUUUGGCUCCUCCAAAAAUGGAUUUGGGUUCAAACAGAGUGACCUUGAUGUCUGUAUGACAAUUAAUGGACUUGAAACUGCUGAGGGGUUGGACUGUGUAAGAACUAUUGAAGAAUUGGCAAGAGUCCUCAAAAAACAUUCAGGGCUGAGAAACAUCUUGCCUAUUACAACAGCAAAGGUGCCGAUUGUAAAGUUCUUCCAUUUGAGAAGUGGUCUGGAAGUGGACAUCAGUUUGUAUAACACAUUGGCCCUUCAUAACACAAGGCUCUUAUCUGCUUAUUCAGCCAUUGAUCCCAGAGUGAAAUAUUUGUGCUAUACCAUGAAAGUAUUUACAAAGAUGUGCGAUAUUGGCGAUGCUUCUAGAGGCAGCUUAUCAUCAUAUGCAUACACGCUUAUGGUGCUAUAUUUUCUCCAGCAGAGGAACCCACCAGUCAUUCCUGUCCUUCAAGAGAUAUACAAAGGUGAAAAGAAACCUGAAAUAUUUGUUGAUGGCUGGAAUAUUUAUUUUUUUGAUCAAAUAGAUGAACUGCCCACCUAUUGGCCAGAAUAUGGAAAAAAUACAGAAUCUGUUGGGCAGCUAUGGUUGGGACUUCUUCGUUUCUACACAGAGGAAUUUGAUUUUAAAGAACAUGUUAUUAGCAUCAGGAGAAAAAGUCUGCUUACAACUUUUAAGAAACAGUGGACAUCAAAAUACAUUGUUAUUGAAGAUCCAUUUGAUUUGAAUCAUAAUCUUGGAGCUGGAUUAUCAAGGAAAAUGACAAAUUUUAUAAUGAAAGCAUUUAUAAAUGGGAGAAGAGUAUUUGGUAUUCCAGUCAAAGGAUUUCCAAAGGACUACCCCUCAAAAAUGGAGUACUUUUUUGAUCCAGAUGUCCUAACUGAAGGCGAGCUGGCCCCAAAUGAUAGAUGUUGCCGAAUUUGUGGGAAAAUUGGACACUUCAUGAAGGACUGUCCUAUGAGGAGAAGAGUGAGGCGACGGCGAGAUCAGGAAGAUACACUGAACCAAAGAUACCCCGAGAACAAAGAGAAAAGAAGCAAAGAAGACAAAGAAAUUCAAAACAAGUACACGGAGAGGGAGGUAUCAACAAAAGAAGAUAAGCCCAUGCAGUGCACACUUCAGAAAGCCAAGCCAGUGAGGGCAGCUGUUGACCUGGGGAGAGAGAAAAUUCUCAGGCCACCAGUGGAAAAAUGGAAGAGACAAGACGACAAAGACUUAAGAGAAAAACGUUGUUUUAUUUGUGGAAGAGAAGGGCAUAUUAAAAAGGAAUGCCCACAGUUUAAAGGCUCUUCAGGCAGUGCUUUUACAUGAAGACCAAAAGAAACAAAAAACAUCUAUAUUUUUGAGUCCCCAGUCAGGUAGCCUUUCCAGUAAAUAUAUGACUCAGGGAAAAGCCUCAGCGAAGAGGACCCAGCAGGAAUCAUGAGGGAAGGAAAAUGCCGCACUCUAAAUGGCCACUCAGGCGUUCCUAUUCACUUUGAAAAUUAGGUUCAUUUCACAGGACACAGCAGCAUAGAUCAGGCUUCAACUUAACAUUUAAGGGAAAUGUCAGAUUUUUUUUUAACUUAAUGAAAUUGUUAAUGAGGAAAAAGAAUUUUAAUAUAGUCUUACCUACUACACAUCCCUGUAGAUUUAAGGAUUUUAAUAGAAAGCCAUGAUGUAUGUAUUGAAGACAGGUUUAAAAAAAAAAUGUAACUAUGGGCCAGUAUUCAGGAAUACAAUUUCAUGCUUUUUAAUUCUUUCAAAGCACACUAAAAAUGGUGUGCUGAUAAACUCCAAGUAAAUUAAUCCUUUUUUUUCCCUUAUAAAUCCUUUUUGUUUGUUUUGAAGAGGGGAAAUUAUAUUUAUUGUUGUUGACUGAAUCCUUGUGUGAAAGCGUGUCAAAUAUGUGUGAACUGCCACUACUGUAUUUACGAUUUACAAACCUUACUUUAUUGAUAUUUGUAGAAGAAGUGAUAACGUGAACAUGAGUACCUAUUUAUGUGAGCCUUCCGUGGAUGAGCAGUGCCACUGAGGGGCUUUUAGUCUUUUUCCCUCUCUAAUUUUAAGUAAGUUGACAUAUAACUACUAUGGUCAUAAAAAUGAAGUAAGGAAAACAAGAGUCCUGCUUGCUGCUAAAAACAUUUUCAAAGGAAAAAUGACAAAAGUAAUUUUUACUUUUUAUGAUAUUCAGAAAUUAGGGUGGAGGACUUUUAAAAUCCCUGAUUAUUAAAGAGGCUAUCUCUGCCAAUCAUGAGUUUGAUUGGUAUCAUUUUGGUCUGACUGGAGCCCUCCUGGAACUGUUUCUCUAAUUCACAAGCCCUUCAGAAGUAGUACAUGGUCUAAACUAUGCCUUGGUUUAUUUAUCAUUUUGAAAUAAAAUCACAUUUUCAACCCGUAACUUUAUCCACAUUACUUUCCACUGAGAGUCCUAAAUUUCCUGAGGAAACUAGGUCAAGGAUUAAGGGCAGUACAGAUCUGCUCCUCUUUAUCCCAUGUUCCCUUUACAUGUGCUCAUUCGAUCUGGUGUUUAUUGACACCCGAUGCCUGCCAAGUCCUGGAAAUGUGCAGGUAAGAGGCACAGAUUUAGCAGGAUGAAUGCAUAGGAAGGGCUGCAGGGGGUGCUUGCUGGGCAAACAUUCCCAGAUAGAAGAGGGCUCAGAAAGUAGCACACCUUGUGUGCCCUUCUUUUAAACAAAUUACUUGGAGACAUUUUCCAGCUAAAAAAGAAUCAUAUCAAAAUUAACUUUAGAGCGGAGUUCCUUUUGGCUUAGUGGUUAGGAUUUGGGGCUUUCACUGCUGUAGCCCAGGUUCAGUCCUUGGCCAGGGAACUGAGAUAUUGCAAGCCACACGGGGCAGCCAAAAAAAGAAAAAAAAAAAAAUUAACUUUAGGGAAGUUGUGGUAGAAAGAAUUAGGGAUUAUUCCUUACUCAGGUUUUUUUUGUUUUUUUUGUUUCCGGUUCGCGGGCCUCUCACUGCUGUGGCCUCUCCCGUUGCGGAGCACAGGCUCCAGACACGCAGGCUCAGCGGCCAUGGUUCACGGGCCUAUCCGCUCCGCGGCAUGUGGGAUCUUCCCGGACCGGGGCACGAACCCGUGUCCCCUGCAUUGGCAGGCGGACUCUCAACCACUGCGCCACCAGGGAAGCCCCCUCUUACUCAGUUUUGAAUGAACCGAAACUCAUGAAUUAACAAGUGACUUAAGCACCCUGGGCUAAAACUCCUCUACCUGACUUUCCUCUGCUGCUGCUCUUUUCUUCUCUUGCCUUCGUGCAUGAAAGUCGACUGGACACGUAAUUCUUGUCACUUUCUUUGGAAAGACUGUUGAUGGCAUUCUGUUGUCUUCUGGCAUAGUAACGAGAUUGGGGCCAACCUGAUUUUUGUUCCCUUAUAGGUUUUAUUUUUCUGCUUGGAUGCUUCUGUGUUUAUUUCUCCCUGUAACUUUUGUGUCAGUGACAUUUGUCUGAAACAAAAGUGAAUCCAAUGUCUCUCCCCACCUAAGGUUUUUUUUUUUAAUUUGAGAGAAUAUCUAUAUUCAUAAUUUUAGUUCUCACAAACACUUUUGUCUAUUCUCAAACGCCUCUCUCUAUCAUCUCUUUCCUUUCUGGUUAGGAAAGCUUGUCAAGUUUAACCUCCACGUGACUGGCUUGAUUUUUAGUGUCAUUCUGCUGUUUGCUGUUUCUAACAUGAAGUUUGUUAUUGCACUUUUAACUUUCUUGAACUUACCUCAUCCACCACCUUCCUUUUCCUCUCAUUCUUUUAGUUUGUUCUUAUUAUCUUCCUUUUCAUAGAAACCAUAUUUUCAUAUAUCCUUUUAAGAAUGUUGAAAGUUUCCUACAUUUUAUUCUGAUUUCUAAAGUAGAUUCUGCCCAAUAUAUUUGAUAGCUUUUUGAUUUUCAGUUUGUCACACUGAAUCAGUGGGACAGUGACUAGUGUUUGCCAGCAGACCUGGAUAAUGUAUUGCCCUUGGUUCUCUUCACUCCCUUUACUUGGAUGCUGGUCACAGCCCCUUCUCAGCACCCCAGCUGGGGGACAGGAACAUCUGCUCCAUGCUGAGUCCAGUUUCCAGGGCAUGGCUAUCUUGCAGAUGCAGCUGGUCUGUCUCUUACAAGCUCCAAAAAUGCCCCACUACCAGGGUUCUCCCUUCCUCUUUCUCUCAGGAACAAACAAAAAUAUGAAAUCCAUUUUUUAUACCCCCACUCUACACUUUUUAAUCUCUUGCUCAGUGUGUACAGUAGCAGCAAUGUGCACACUUAGAGAUGUUAUUAAAUGUUCUCAGAUAACUUCAGUUUAUUUAUUCAAAUAUAUAUAUAUAUAUUCCCCUAGUGGAAAAAAUCCUGGGUAGAUAAGUCAAUAGGGUUCAGUAUUAUGGCAAAAAAAAAAUGUUGAAAAGCAAAAAGAAUUUAACAAACCUCCCUAAAACUGCAGAGAUGUGCUCGGUACUUUUUUUUCUUUGAACACAGGCUUGUUUGGACAGCAGCAGUCAAGAAUUUAGCACACUUUCCACUGAGUGGAAUUCUAGGCUUAAUUAGGUUCUGGCUCUGCCAUUUUUCCAGCUGAGAGUGUGGCAAAUCCCCCUGACCUCUUAGCAGUUCAUUUUCCUUGCCUGUAAAAUGGAAAUCAUACCUGCCCUUCCACAGUAGUGAGGAUCAAGUGCGGUCCUACUAAGAAAACACUUUUUUUAAUGUCCAGAACCCUGAAAUUAAAUCCUGAAGUGCAGUGUUGAACAUUUCCCUAUUGUAAGUUUUUAACCUAUUGGUGGAAAUCUAGAAGUGGUUACAGCUUGCAACCACUUCAACAGUCCCCACACCCGCCUAACUUCAAUACCACACAACAGCUGCUGCUCUGAGAUAAAGGAGCACACUUUUUUUAUACAGUCAUGAAGACACUUUCUUCUAACAUGCCAAUUUCUUUCAGGGAUCUGCACCAUUUUCAAGUAACAUUAGGUAUGCCUGAUCCACUGACAAGUAGAUUAUGUGGCCGAGCACAUACAUGCAAAACAGCCAACAAGUUUAAAACUGAGUAGUGUGUAUUAAAUAGAGGAAAGAAAGCUAUUAGUUAUACACAGGAUCCUCAAUCAGAAAAUUUAGGACUAGAUUUUUUAUAGUGUCUAAGGCACUAUACUAAAGGGCUUGAGUUUAAGCAUCAUUUAUAAAAUAGCCAUGCCAACGCUCCUGUUCUGUGUGGCUCAAAGUAGUGAGGCUCCAAUGAGAUAAUGUGCUCAAGGGUUCUUCUGAAACCUGAACAGUGCUACACAACUGUAUAACAUUGUUUCAAUAAUUGAUAAAAAUACAUGGCAUCUUUUUUUUACAUUUUUAUUAAUAGACUUUAUUUUUUAGAGCAGGUUUAGGUUCACAGAAAAAUUGAGCAGAAAGUAGAGUUCCCUUAUGGCCUCUGCAGCACACCAACCUCCACCACUGUCCACAUCCUGUACCGGAGUGGGACAUUUGUUACAAUUCAUGAACCUACAUGGACACGUCACUGUCACCUGGAGUCCAUUGUUUAAGAUUCAUUCUUGGUGUAGCACAUUCUGUGGCUUUGGACAAAUGUAUAAUGACAUUGUAUCAUACGGAGUAUUUUCACAAUUUAUGGCAUCUUUGCAUAUUACCAAUUAGCACCGUUUAUGGAGUGCUGCUGUGUGCUGUGCAGGCUUCCAAGAGCUUUUCAUUUAAGCUUCACCAUAUCUUUAGGAGACAAGGCAUGAGAAGGAACGUGAUCACCCACCUAGUCACAGAUCACCACCUACUCAAAUCAUCCACCUAGUUAAAGAUGAAACCAAGAGAUGAUUCCACACUACCGUCCCCUAAUCCCACAGUUUCUUCUGUGCACAGCGGGGCUUGGAAAACAACUAUUCUCUUACUGCCAAUGCGAUUGCAUCUCAGUAGCAGAGAGAAAAUUACUUAACGAAUUCUGAACUAUCCAAUCCUGUAGGCUCUAGGGGAUGAAAGAUAAACUGGGUUCUAAUAAACACUUCACACUGCGCCCGUGGUGGUGCGCGCGGCGGGGGGCGAGGGGGAGCCCUCGCCCAGCCCAGCCCAGCAUUUUAAAAUAAAAAUACUUCACAUAUUAGUUCUUGCCACGUCAAAACACUGAACAAGAAUCCAUCCUCCCCAGCAAGACUCCACAGAACCCCCUCCUUCCUUUUUCCCUUUAGCACUUAGAAAUGCUGCCUUUCUUGAUGUUCUCCCAUCUGCUGCCCCUGCUGCACUUCUCCUACCAGGAUCUCCAAUUCUUCCUUGGACCUUCCGUUUACCAGGCUUCCUGUGUAUGCCUGGAUAUAGUGCUGGCUGCACAAUGCCUGGGGCUCAGGAAUGUUUGCCGAAUUAAAGGACAGAAGUCCCUGAGCAGCCACAAGAUCUGACAAGCAACAGGUAUUCCAUGAAGCUACCGACUGGUACUCGCUAUAAAAGUAUUCCCCAAGCUGCCCAGUCACACCUUACAGUAAAGCUGGAUUGCAACCUAAAGCGAACAUUGCGUUAGUACCGUAUUUCAACAUCCCAAGCAGCUUGGGGAAAGGCGGGGGAGAGGAGGAGGAUGUUUAUUGAGAAUCUGCGGUAAUUCUACGCUCUUAAGAACUGCCUAGCUGGACCAAAAAGGAAGACGGAAACGUAUGUAGCUGUCCGGGCCUCGAAUCCAUUCUGCCCUUGAGAACGGCACCUCCCCGGCCGGUAGACUCCUCUGAGUUCUUAAGCGGCGGGGCAGCACCUUGCCCGGAAGGCAGGGCGUGGAACGGCGCGCCUCCAGAGGCCACAAGUCCGAGCUCAUUCCAUGUGCCCCAGUACGGCUUGAGUCAGCGCGCGGGGAUCUGCCGCAGAGAUACGACCUUGCCCUCGACACCUGUGCCCCGCGUCACAUGACCACGGCCCGGGCGCCAAGCCACGGUCUCCGCCCGUCACUCAUACGGCCCGCCCAAUGGCGAUGCCGGGGGCGGGUCGACGAGGGGCGGAGCCUAGGGCGCCGUGCGCCGGAGCUGGUGGCGUCAAUGCGCCCGCCGUGUCUAUGGAGAGAGGUUGAGGUGGCCGAGCUCCGGCCCGAGGCAUCGGGGCGCCGGGAAGGCGAGAAUGUCGGCUUCGUUAGUCCGGGCCACUGUCCGGGCUGUGAGCAAGAGGAAGCUGCAGCCCACCCGGGCCGCCCUCACCCUG